CCAAGUGCCCCAUUAGAACCCACGAGGGUGUCCUCAAGUUGAACAGUAGGUGACAGUUGCUCUCUGACUGGUGGUGGGUUUCUCCUGGCCUUCGGUGGCACUUGUGGCUGUGACAUCACAUGAGGGCUGGGGGCUGUUCUUUGCGUUGUUCAGGAUGCUUCUUCCCUUGCAUCUCAACGCUGCCUUUGGAAACUACAGCCUGUGGGAGGCUCUGCGUAACUCGCGCUCACUGCCCCACCCUGCUGAGCUCCCCUUCACAUUAAGCAAGAUCUGACUAAUGCAUUCUUUGCAGAUGCUCUGACCCUUUUCAUUGUGAGACUAAAAUGGCUUUUCCCAGAUCACAUUAUUGUAAUUGACUUUACACUCCACUCUGAUAAAUACUCUUAUGUACUAUACAGCAGCGGCCGAAACUUUCACAGCAGAUGCAGUACGUUUGUCUGGGGUUUCAGCAGCCUUUUCUUAGUUGAGCAAAACAGUAUAUAUAAGUAAAUAAGACAAAAAUGAUCUAAAACUUCACCUCCCUAGUUAGAUAAGUUGAUCAAAACCCUUUAUAUACAUAAAUCUGGAUUCAGUAUUAUUCUGGUCAACUUUAGCCCUAUCCAAGGACGUGUUUAAUUAUCAGUUCUUAGAAAGAAUAAUCCACGUGAAGAGCUUUCUCCAACAGGCUUUCUUAUGGAUUCAUUUGCCUCAGGUUUCAGAAAUGAUAGGUAGACAGUUGUUGUUACCCUCCGUAUUCUAGAAGGUGGCGAAGCGGAUAGUGAGAGUGUUUAUCUGGACUCACAGGUCUGGCUGGUGGAGGAACUAGCUUUCUACCCAGUUCUUUUGCACAGCAAUGCCUCAGACCCCUUUAGGUCACAUUAAAGCCUUUAUUUUCUAAAGAAGCACAUAAAAUCUAAGGUUAAAUCUUUAAAUGGGGACAUAAACACUUAUAGUCAUCUUUUCCUUUACUAAAGGUGAAAUUUCCGUCUCUGCCCCAAAUCUCAUUUCUUUUUGGAGAAAUGGCUUCAAAGACAGACAAAGAGGAAUUUACCUAAAUCUCACCUCGGGUGAGGACGCCCUGAUGCAGCUUGGGUGGUCACAGCAGACUGGAAGUCCUCAGGAAGACUGACUCACAAAUGUAUUUUGUUAGGUUUUUUUUGUUUUUAAUUGGGGCGGUUGUCAACAUUUAGAACUCGGGCAAUUUCACAUAAAAGACCUCUUGAAAAACUGGAAGAUCCUUCCAGACUUGGCCCACAUGGCCGCAGUUAGCUGGAGCCGGGUGAAGCUGCCCCUUGGCUGGGCUGUGUGUGCCUCACUUUUCAAGGUCAGCUCUCAUUGAUGUGACUUGUCUGGCCCUUUGGGCAUUUGACUUGUGACCCCCGAUCCCAGCCACUGUCCUACUCUGUUUUAUGGCCGAGUAUCUUAUAGCCUUCCAGAGAGGCCCAGGCCGGGAGUGAGCAGUGGUUAAAUGGCCACCAGGAAGGAGGAUAAUUGGCUCCAUCGAGGCCCACAUGCUGCUCCUAGCCCCACCCGGGCUUUCAGGGGCCAGGAGUUAAGGCCAGGGUGGUAUGGGUGUGCUGAAUUUGCUGAGCUGGCUCCUCUCCAUCUCUUCAUUCAGCCUGAAAGUCAUGACCACAGUUUCCUCAUCCAGGGGGUGGGACAUCUUUCAAAAUAUGAAAGAAAGCAGCCAGUGACCACUCUGGCCCAUUCGUAGGCUUACAAGACCAGCUAUUGCAGCAAAAGGAUAAGCUUCCUGUUUACCAGCCGGCCUGAGACAAAGUGGUUGUGCUUCCUGGCAGUGAGGGACUUGGCACACAGGCUGGGUUCUGUCUGUCAGGACGGCAGGGCUGAAUGCUUGCUCUGUGCUCGGCCGUCACCCCCAUGGCCUGGGUCCUGGAUGCAGGCCACCCUCGGGAGGGCACUUUUGCUUUGGCUCCAGAACCGGCCCUGGUGUUCUGCAAGGAAGCAAAUGAGUCUCCAGGAAGCAGGAUGUCAAUGCCUCUGCAGAAACUGGUCCUUUUUGGCAGCGUGGUGGCUGGUGGGAGCUGCACCCUGAUAUAUUACCUUAUACAGACUUUUUCCAGGGCUUCCUAUUACCAGUCAGCGCUGGAGCAGCUGCACAGCCGCCCCGAGGCUCUGGAAGCUCUGGGCCCUCCCCUCAGCGUGCACUAUCUCCACCUCACCGACAGGUACAACUUCGUGGACAUUGCCGAUGCCCAGUUGAAGAUUCCUGUGUCUGGAUCCAAGUCAGAGGGCCAUCUCUAUGUCAGCUCGUCCAGAGAUGCCCCCUUUAAGAGGUGGCACCUUCAGGAGGUCUUCUUACAGCUCAAGGAUGGUCAGCAGAUUCCUGUGUUCAAGCGCAGUGCGGAGAAUGGUGAUGAAGGGAAAGAGGACUGAAGGUGAUCAGAAAGACCCGGCUUUCUCCAAGCGUGGCCUUCCCUCAUCACCAUGUACCCUCCAGGGCCGCCAGCCAGUUUUCCAGCCACCAGGGGCAUGAUUGUGUGUGCUGGCAUAUGGUGAUUCUGCUGUAAUUCUAAUUUGACCACAAUGAACACUAUUGUGGUUUUUUUAUUUAAUCAGAAAGAAACUCACUCUGUUUAUAAGAAUUUAUUUGAAAGUUCUGUGUAUAAAAGCAAAGCACAGAAUAAAAGGAAUCAGUGUGAAUAAUAAAAUGCUUGUUGACUUUUGCUA